AUGGCGUCCAUGCGGGAGAGCGACACGGGCCUGUGGCUGCACAACAAGCUGGGCGCCACGGACGAGCUGUGGGCGCCGCCCAGCAUCGCGUCGCUGCUCACGGCCGCGGUCAUCGACAACAUCCGCCUCUGCUUCCACGGCCUCUCGUCGGCCGUGAAGCUCAAGCUGCUGCUCGGGACGCUGCACCUCCCGCGCCGCGCGGUGGACGAGAUGAAGGGUGCCCUGACGGAAAUCAUCCAGCUGGCCACCCUGGACUCGGACCCCUGGGUGCUCAUGGUGGCCGACAUCCUCAAGUCCUUCCCCGACACGGGCUCGCUUAACCUCGGUCUCGAAGAGCAGAACCCCAACGUUCAGGACAUCCUGGGAGAGCUCCGAGAGAAGGUGGGCGAGUGCGAGGCGUCGGCCAUGCUGCCCCUUGAGUGCCGGUACCUGAACAAGAGCGCCCUGACCACGCUCGCCGGCCCGCUCACGCCCCCCGUGAAGCACUUCCAGCUGAAGAGGAAGCCCAAGAGCGCCACGCUGCGCGCCGAGCUCCUGCAGAAGUCCACCGAGGCCGCCCAGCAGCUGAAGAGGAGCGCGGGAGUGGCCUUCCACGCCAAGGGCCGGGGGCUGCUCCGGAAGAUGGACACCACCACCCCGCUCAAAGGCAUCCCGAAGCAGGCGCCCUUCCGGAGCCCCACGGCCCCCAGUGUCUUCAGCCCUGCCGGGAACCGGACCCCCCUGCCCCCCUCGAGGACGCCUCUGCGCAAGGAGAGGGGCGUGAAGCUGCUGCACAUUUCUGAGCUGGAUACGGUCGGUGCCGGCCGAGAGGCAAAGAGAAGAAGGAAGACGCUGGACACGGAAGUGGUGGAGAAGCCGGCCAAGGAGGAGACUGUGAUCGAGAACGCCACCCCCGACUACGCAGCCGGCCUGGUGUCCACACAGAAACUCGGGGCUCUGAGCAGCGAGCCUUCGCUGCCCUCCACUAGCUACCUGCCUGCCACCCCCAGCGUGGUCCCGGCCUCAUCCUACAUCCCCAGCUCCGAGACGCCGCCAGCCCCACCUUCCCGGGAAGCCAGCCGGCCCCCCGAGGAGCCCAGCACCCCGAGCCCCGCCCUGCCGGCACAGUUCAAGCAGAGGGCACCCAUGUACAACAGCGGCCUGAGCCCAGCCACGCCCACACCCACGCCUGCAGCGCCCACCUCACCCCUGACGCCCACCACACCCCCGGCUGUCACCCCCGCUGCCCAGGCACCUCCGGUGGCCAUGGUGGCCCCACAGACUCAGCCCCCUGCCCAGCAGCAGCCCAAGAAGAAUCUGUCCCUCACGAGAGAGCAGAUGUUUGCUGCGCAGGAGAUGUUCAAGACGGCCAACAAGGUCACGCGGCCCGAGAAGGCCCUCAUCCUGGGCUUCAUGGCCGGCUCCCGAGAGAACCCGUGCCAGGAGCAGGGGGACGUGAUCCAGAUCAAGCUCAGCGAGCACACGGAGGACCUGCCCAAGUCGGACGGCCAGGGCAGCACCACCAUGCUGGUGGACACCGUGUUCGAGAUGAACUACGCCACGGGCCAGUGGACGCGUUUCAAGAAGUACAAGCCCAUGGCCAACGUGUCCUAG